AUGUUUCAUAUUCCAGAUAAGGUUGGAGUAGCUGACGUGUGGGCUUGUCCGGGUGCUUUGACAGGUGGGAUAAGAAGCGCGAAGGAGUGGUUGGAGUGGCAGGGUGCUCAAGACACCUUUAUGAGCGACGCGCGGAGCUGCAAGUACCAUGCCCAAUUUUUACAACUUCCUGUACAUCUCAGAACAAAUAUUGCUGUUUCUUGGGGGGCGAGCCAGGGGUUCCAGCAGCACUCAGCCGCACUCAGCCGCACGAGUCCGUGGCCCAAAUUGACGCCGUUCGCAAGUGGAGACGGUCUUCGUCUCUCAUGGUCUAAUAAGCCAGGACGUGGCAGGCUCAACACCGUCUUCCUCAACUUGAGACCCUGCCUCUGCCGCAGUGCAGCCUCUGUUCAGCUCGAACUAAGAAGAAUGCUUGCGAAUGAGGUCAAAGAGCGAUCAAUGAGCUCAAUCACCCACUACCGCAGCCCAACAUGCCCAUUCUGUGACCUUAUUGCUAGCGCAAAAAAGCUCGCCUCAGCUGAUGGAUGGGACCUGACCACCACCAAACCAUCCCCUCGCCUCUUCAUCCAGAGCCGGAGUCCGAUGUCUGUGAAAAUUAAUGAAUACACGGAAUACCCUAGUCCGCGAUUACUGCUUGCAGUCGACCAUAAGACGGAUCAUCAGCAGAAUCGCCGGCCACUUCGCGAGAUUGAUCGGGUGAAGCGCAACAGGUACAUUCUGGCCGAGAUUGAACAAGUACCCAGCAGCCCCCUGAAUGAUAGCAAGAGGGAGUUCAUCCGAAGACGGAGUAUUCUACCCCAAUUAAAUAUUCCUCUGAUACAAGACUGGCUGUUACGAUGCAGAACACACAAGCACUCGGCCAGAACACCCAAGAUCGGCACUGGACCAUUUGAUGGCCACCCUUUCCGGUUGAUCGAUGUGACACGAGAAUGCGUGACACUUCAGAUGGAGAGGUGUGAUUAUGUGGCAUUAUCCUAUGUCUGGGGUAACUCCCCCACCAUCCUGGAUCCUGGCCACGAAAAUGGAAGCCAGAUUCUAGUCGCCACUCAACAUAACUUGUCACUGCUGUGUCGUCCACAUGCCCUUUCGGAAUCAGGCCGUAAGCUGGGGAAGAUUCCUCGUACAGUUUCCGACGCCAUGGAGCUAGCUCGCAAGAUUGGUAUUCGAUAUUUCUGGGUAGAUACGCUGUGCAUUGUGCAGGAUGAUGAGCAAGACAAGUCGCGGCUAAUCAGCCACAUGGACGACAUCUAUGAUAAUGCAACCAUCACGAUCAUGGCCUCAGCGGGUGAUAGUCCAGAUGCAGGUUUGCCAGGCAUCAGUCCACGGGCAGGUUUUCCGAUUGAGUCAUACAGUAUACCGGACGAAACAAAUGGGCAGGUCCUGGCCUUGUCCCUUUCUCUGCCAUCUUUGUGUCAUGAAGUGCGGAAGGGUAUGUGGAACACUCGUGGAUGGACAUUCCAGGAACAAAGUCUGUCACAGCGCUGCCUGUACUUGACAAUGAACGAGACCUUUUUCCAGUGUCCAGAGGCUCAAUGGAGAGAGGGGUAUGACUACGAGGACGGAAGCGCAUCAGAAGCACGAAUUCAGAUUCGCACUGGGCCUCCAUGGUGGAGUAAUAGGCUCAGGAAAGAUCCGGACCCUACCCCUUAUCAUUACCUUGGCGAUCCACACAAUGGAUUGGACGCUGAAAGCUACCAACAAGCUGUUCAAGAGUAUAGCCGAAGACACCUGAGACAUCCUGAAGACAUACUCAAUGCCUUUGAGGGGAUCUUCAACCGGUUCCAGCAGAUGCAGGAGGGUUCCGGUGACCUAAAUAUUCGCCAAGCUCAAGGCAUCCCGCCCCAUCUCACGGCGCAGGCAUUACUGUGGUUUCCAUCCGACACAUGCCAGCAACGCGACUCAGCGGAGAGAUUCUCCACCUGGUCCUGGAGCAUCUCGCACGCUCCUCGAAAAAAUUACCCCUUGCACACAGCAGUUGUCCAAUGGCACUUUGGUGGUGCGAGCAGUAGCGUCUGGUCGCACCGUCUGUGGCAGGCUGCAGAGAAUGUCCGAAACCACAAAGAAAAGCACAAGCUCAAUGAAUAUCGGACCACGCGAAAGUUUCUCAACGACGUCGUCGGAAUUCAAGUAAAAAGACUUCUAGACAAAUCUCUUAAUUCAGUUCUGGCCAGUCUUGGGUGUGGCCAACUGGGCUUUAUUGGUGCAUACUUGGGCUCUAGUGACUUUGACAUCGCUGACGCCGUCACGGAGCGGACUCAGCCCUUAGUCGUGUCUGGAGUUCAUGCAGGGCAGUUCAAAUAUGAUGGCAACACUGUCGUACCGGUGACCGAGCUGGUGAUUAUCUUGUGUACGAACACUAUCAUGGGUUCGCCGCGAACAGUCAUGGUAUUCUUAGGUAUGGCCACACAGGAUGGAGUCUCUGUCCGUGUGGGAGUGGGAUAUACACCUCAAUCGAAAGUUGAAACGCAGUUUGUGAUGAGGUCCGUCUGUAUCAAAAUAAUCGGGUCGACAGGGUACGAGAAUCACAUUGCCUUUAAGGCACGUAAGCCUCCUCCAUCGAACCCUGUUUUGACAGUUGGGGCCGAGAUGCCGCGAAUGAUGGAGAGAGACCGGAGUUGGACCGCAAUUCCGGAUAUUACUAGUACCUUACCUCCAAGUACCAAUGCACCCUUCUUUAAAUGA